UCUGAGUGAGACAACAGCUUCAAUUUCGGUUCAUCGUAAAGGUGAUAAAAAUGAUGAUCAAAAAUUGAAAUAUGAAGCACACGGUCUUAUGGUGUAAUGGUUAGCACUCUGGACUUUGAAUCCAGCGAUCCGAGUUCAAAUCUCGGUAAGACCUACUUAUACUUUUAAUAUUUUUUGUCGUGUACCCAUGUAUUUUUGACAAUGAAUGAGGGUAAAGAUAACAAAAUCGUCAGUAGUGUUGACGGGUGUGCAGAGAUGGAGAAAGAGAAAAGUAUGCCUAAUACUGUUGCAUGUUGCAUGCAAAAAACAGCUAAUGAUGGAGGUUCCAGUGCUUGUUGCUCUGAAAUGAUAAAUGAUAAAAACGAAGCAACGACCAGUAGUAGUGAUCAACAAAUGACAGAUUAUGAUCGGACAGUGACUGCUUGUAGUACCAAAGUCAGUGCUAUAAGUCUGAGUAGUUCUGAAGCUGUGGCUGAGUGUAGUAAGCCUGUGGAAAAAAAAGAUGAAGAACAAGCGGUAGUUGUAAAGGCAAAGCCCAUUAGAAAAAUUGUCAAGGGUCCAGUUAGGCUUAAUAAAAUACCACAGGAAAUAUUGGAUGAUCCUAAUAUUAAUGAAGCCAUCAAGUGCCUUCCAGAAAAUUAUAACUUUGAGAUUCAUAAAACUAUCUGGAGAAUAAGGGAGAGUAAAGCAAAAAGAGUCGCUCUGCAGAUGCCAGAUGGAUUAACAAUGUUUGCUUGUAGAAUAAGUGAUAUAAUUGAGGAAUUUACCGAUGCUGAUACUGUCAUAAUGGCUGACGUUACUUAUGUUGCAAGAGCCUAA